AACCCACGCUCCUCCCCCCCAUCUCUCUCUCUUUCUCUCUCUCUCUCUCUCUCUAAUCCUCGUCGCCAUUAACAACAACCCCCCCUUCCCUGCUCUCCCCUAUUUAUAAACCCUAGCUCGUCCCCUUCCUCUCCCCAUCCCCUUCCUCCUCUUCCCCCUCCUCCUCCUCCUCCUCCUCGUGGUCAAAUUCUCUCUCCUCAGGCUCAGAUCCCGCUCCCUCGCGCUCCCUGUUUCUCUCUCUAGAAAUGGUGAGGUUGCCCUACACGACCGCGCUCACGACGCUCUUCAGCUACGGCCUCCUCUUCGCCUUCGGCCAACUCCGCGAUUUCUUCAGGAAGAUCGUCGAUUGGUUCAAAUCCAAGGACCUGAAGGGUUACGCGCCGAUCUGCUUGGGGCUCGAGGAUUUCUACGUGCGGCGCCUCUAUCUCCGCAUCCAGGAUUGCUUUGGCCGACCAAUUGCAAGUGCACCGGAUGCUUGGAUCGAUGUAGUCGAGCGCUACUCAAAUGACAACAAUAAGACUCUGCACCGAACCACAAAUACUACGAAAUGCCUCAACUUAGGGUCAUACAACUACCUUGGGUUUGCAGCAGCAGAUGAAUACUGCACUCCUCGUGUGAUCGAGUCUUUGAAGAAAUAUUCACCCAGCACCUGCAGUGUUCGUGCCGAUGGUGGCACAACUAAAUUGCAUACUGAACUGGAGGAGUUAGUUGCACGUUUUGUUGGAAAGCCAGCUGCUAUACUCUUUGGAAUGGGUUAUGUGACAAAUUCUGCAAUUAUUCCUUGCCUAAUUGGAAAGGGAGGGCUGAUAAUUAGUGAUUCUCUGAACCAUAACUCAAUUGUCAAUGGUGCACGAGGAUCAGGUGCAACAGUGCGGGUUUUCCAGCAUAAUUCUCCUUCUCACUUGGAGGAGGUGCUGAGAGAACAGAUAGCUGGGGGGCAGCCGCGAACACAUAGACCCUGGAAGAAGAUAAUUGUUAUUGUCGAGGGCAUAUAUAGCAUGGAAGGAGAGCUUUGCAAACUUCCCGAGAUUAUAGCUGUCUGCAAGAAAUACAAGGUAUAUACAUACUUAGAUGAGGCCCACAGCAUUGGUGCAAUAGGAAAAUCUGGCAGAGGUGUUUGUGAGCUCCUAGGGGUGGAUCCUACUGAUGUAGAUAUCAUGAUGGGAACUUUUACCAAGUCAUUUGGAUCUUGUGGUGGCUAUAUUGCUGCAUCAAAGGAGAUAAUUCAGUACCUAAAGUAUGCUUGCCCAGCGCAUCUUUAUGCAACUUCGAUGUCACCACCUGCAGUACAGCAAGUCAUCUCUGCAAUCAAAGUUAUCCUUGGAGAAGAUGGAUCCAAUAGAGGUGCACAGAAACUUGCACGCAUUCGUGAGAACAGCAAUUUCUUCCGAUCUGAGCUUCAGAAAAUGGGUUUUGAGGUUCUUGGGGACAAUGACUCACCAGUUAUGCCAAUAAUGCUUUACAACCCAGCAAAAAUCCCAGCUUUUUCAAGGGAAUGUCUAAGACAAAAUGUUGCCGUUGUAACCGUUGCCUUCCCUGCUACACCUCUUCUUCUGGCACGGGCUCGUAUCUGCAUCUCUGCUUCACAUUCAAGGGAAGAUUUAAUCAAGGGGCUUGAGGUUAUCAGCAAAGUUGGUGACCUUGUGGGCAUCAAGUACUUCCCUGUAGAACCACCAAAGCAUGCAGAACACGUUCUCAAAAAGCUGGAGUGAAAUGGGGAAGACUUGGUCGCAGAAUUAAUUCCACUAUUCUGUUGGACAUCUCUCCAGUUUCAAGUAGUCCAUCUCCUUUUGAGCUUAUAUAUUAGAGGCUAAAUUUGUUUCUAGCUGGCAACUGUUCAUAUUCGUUUGGUGAUCUUAUGCGUGUGUAUAACUAGUAGAGUUGUUUCCCAAAGUUCAUUUCCUUUUUCAGAUAUUCUGAAUGGUGGUAUUUGCUAUAAGAUCACAUUUUUCUCUAGAAUUUUUGUUAGUAUCCUGUGUCAACAUAGUUGUUUACUUAAAUGUUAUGAAAGUUUAAUGAAUGAAUUUGUCAUCUCACGGAUUGAUUGCUA